AUGCCACCAAAAGCUACUCAGCAACUUACCCAGAAACCCGAUCCACAGGAAGUACCUAUCAUCUUUCAGAGGUAUAGGACAGAAUUGCAGAACCUCGCUCAGAAGAUAGGUGAGAUUGAAAGUGAGAUGGAGGAACAUGCCCUCGUACUGUCCACUCUACGUCCACUGACGAAAUCCGAUCCGGAACGAACAUGUUAUCGACUCAUUGGUGGGACAUUAGUGAAACGAAAUGUAGUGGAUGUGGUACCGAGCUUGGAAACUAAUUUUUCGGGUAUAAAGGAGGUUUUGGAGAGCCUGGUGAAGAAUUAUAAGAAUAAAGAAGGUGAAUUUGAAAAGUGGAGAAAUGAGAUGGGUGUGCAGAUGCCCAAAUGA